UCGUUCGAGGCCGUGGUGGGGAUCGAUGUGGAAGACUUCUUCACCACUUCCCUCCGGCCGCCAGUCGACAGUGGUGGUGCAGCCUCGGAUUGGAGAACAUCGUUGGAUUGAAACAAGAUGUGGACUAUCAGGGUAUUGACAUUGCUUGGCAGUACUCUCGUUGCACUUGGGAGCAGCGAGAAAAUGAAAGAAGUCUUUAAGUGGAAACAAGUCGAUUAUGCAUUUCCAAAUGAAGCUGCUCGUAAUAUGUCUGUAACCAUGCAAGAAUUCAAGCAAAGACAUAAUCUGCCUUUGGGAAUUGAAAUAUGGAACGAUAAAGUGUUUGUCACUGUACCUAGGUGGAGAUCUGGUGUCCCAUCAUCAUUAAACUAUGUAAAAUUAAACAGUGGUGAAUCUCCAUUACUUGUUCCAUAUCCCGACUGGGAGACUAACAACAUCACCAGCAAACCGCAUGAAGAGAAAAUUGUUAGCACGUUCCGUGUUCGGGCUGACGAAUGUGAUAGACUUUGGGUCAUCGACUCUGGUCUGGCUGAUUUGCUGGAAGCCCCUCAAUUACUGACUCCCCCUAAAUUAAUGGUUUAUGAUUUAAAAACUGAUAAACUCCUCAGGGUAUAUCCUCUUAAACCUACCGAUGCCAAAGCAGAAUCAUUCUUUGCCAACAUCGUUGUUGACGUUUCGAAAGAUAAAUGUGAUGAAGCUAAUGCAUACCUUGCUGAUUUAGGAAACUUUGGAUUAGUAGUUUAUGAUUGGAAAACAAACGAUUCUUGGAGGGUUCAACAUCACUUUUUCUAUUUUGAUCCUCUCGCUGGCAAUUAUAACAUUGGAGGAGUUAAUUUCCAAUGGAAUGAUGGACUUUUUGGAAUUGCCCUUGGACCCAAUGAUAGUGAUGGACAUAGAACAAUGUAUUUCCAUCCACUUUCAAGCACUAGGGAGUUUGCAGUUUCAACGAAAAUUGUUAAAAAUAAGAGUAUCGCAUCAGAAAGCUAUUAUGAAUACAAGAUUCUUGGAUCGAGAGGACCUGACUCUCAAGCGACUACUUCGUUCCUCGAUGAAAAAUCAGGUGUCCUUUUCUACACUCAGGUCAACAAAGAUGGAAUCGGUUGCUGGAAUUCGCUCACCCAUAGAAAUGAUUAUUCCGCUGAUACAAACGGUCUUGUGGCAAGUGACAACCAAACAAUGGUAUUUCCAAAUGACCUGAAAAUCGACCGCAAUAGAAAUCUCUGGGUUAUCACAGACAGAUUGCCUGCAUUUAUAUACAGACAAUUGGACCCUGAAGAAGUUAAUUUCAGAAUACUGAUGGCGCCAGUUGAUGAAUUGGUCAAAGGAACAGUUUGUGACAACGUUGAAAAAAAAGCCCAAUAACUUGUUUUGAGACAGUUCAAUUAAAAAUCCAAUGCAGUGUAAAAAAUGCAUAAAAAACGUACACUCAUACUACUUUACUCAAGCAGAAUUCUUGAUCAUGAGUUAUUAAAAUAUUUUGUAAUUCGCAACAACAGUGCAACAAAAAUUUCUCAUUUUUAAAUAAACUUUUAUAUUAAA